AUGAUGAUAGCAGCUGCCGUAAGUGGUGCAACUCCAUCCGAUAAAGCGAAUAACCAACCCAUAGAAUCGCCAGAGAAAGAAACUCCAUCCACAUCGAUGAAUGGAAAACCAGCCUUCAGAGCCUCUGCCGAGCUUGAAAAUAUUAAGGGAUAUGGAUCUCCUCCAAACAGCAAAAACAGUAAUAUAGGUGUGGACACCCCCUUAAAUGUAUCCCCUACCGUUCCUCCUGUAACCGACUCAUCUUUGCAAAUGAGUUUUAAUGACCUUAGUGAAAGCGAGAAGGAAGUAAUCCUUAACCUAUUAACAAACGUUCCCGACUCGUUCUUGUCCUUCUCAAAAGAACAAGGAACAAAUACGGUGAAGAUUGUUUACAAGUCAGGUUCUGAUCCAACUACGGAAAGGAAUACCUCUAAGGUCUCAUCAUCAUGUAACAAUAGUAACGGCAGCGACACCUCUAGAAAAACCAUGAGAUCUUUAGACUGGGCACUUCGCUUGUUGGACGAUAUAUACAAUGCGAGAUACCAAUGCUUUCUUUCCGAGAUAGCCUCUCCCGAUGGUACCUUGGAAGCGUUUUCGUCAUUCGUGUUUAACCAUUUGUCGAAAAAACUUGGACUGGAGAGCCUUGUAAAACAAACAACCACCGAAUUGCUAGAAUGUGUAAAAUAUUAUAGGGAAGAAAACAAACAAUUAGAGCUGUUUGGCCUCUUUCUCACACCUUACUAUUCUGCCGUGGACUUGAUGUUUUUCCUGUACUGUAGAUCCCAAGUAAUCAAUGAAUGUAUUGAGGGAGAUAGAAUUCCAUAUGUUAAUAGAUAUAAGAGAGUUAAAUUAGGAGUGGUCCCUCAUUAUGUUCCAUUGUCAAGGCUUGCUUAUCUCAUCAAAAGGUCAUUAAGAGAUCAACCAAGACAGCUGGUGUCAAACUGUACGAAUGAAUUCAAAAAGUUGUUGUCGAAGAAGAAAAAGAAAGACCAGAAGAAGAAGGAUUCUAGAUUUUGUCGAGAAGAAAAUAUUGAGUUGUAUGAAUUUUUGAUCAUUCUUUUAGUGAACUAUAAGGCAUUCAGAGAAUCAAAGAAUUCAGCCAAUCAAUAUUUCUUUUAUACUAUUCUUCCGGAAGAGGUGCCUUCCUAUAACAGAAUCAGAAAUAAGGAUCUUCUACCCUAUAUUGUUUUAAGAGAAACCUCUUUUUUCAAGGGCUUCAAGACAUCAAAGAGACUUGCUGAUUCUACAGGAAAAGAUAUUGUUUUAAAGGGAGACGCUUCCUACAACAAUGUUCUGUUGGAUCUUAACACAGAAGCAGAUAUGAUGGAGCAAAGAAAACAGCGCAAACAAGAGAGGCAAAACAAAUUAGAUAUAACAUCAGAAGAAAACGAUCUAAUGACUGCAUUCCUAACUAACACGUCCACCAUCAUCUCACCUGCUUUAUCAGGAAGUAAAAGGGGGAAAUUAGGCACCUUGCUUGUAGAAGAAGCUGUAAAAGCUGAAAAAAACGACAGUUUGGUGAAAGAGUUGAGUAAUCUUCCAUUGGAUGAUUUACUUGACCAUCUUUCACACAGUAAUACUUUUGAAGAAAGCUUGAGAUCAUCAAAUAAUUUUAACAAUAUUAUUACAGAUUUUAGUGAUCUUCAAAUUCAUGAAGAGGAAGAUGAGGAAGACGAAGAAACUCUACUUCAGCAACUGCAAGAGACGAUUGCAAAGAUUGAGAAGAAAAGGUUCAAGAAAGCAGUAAGCGAUUCUUUAGAAGAUGAAUUUAAGGAUCAUUUGUUAAGGCGAUCAUCCUCUCUGUCAGCAACGAAUCAUUCUUCCCUUAAUGACCAAGACAGUUCUUCUUAUCAAGAUUUGGAAUCUAUUUCUAUUGGAGAAGGUUAUGAACUUGACGAUGAAUUUAUAGAUGGCGAUGAAGAACACCACAUAUACCACGAAAAAGAGCAUACUCUCAAACAACUAAAAGAAAAGCUUCCUAGAAAGGAUGUCUAUGAAUUGAGAGAGGAAGAAGAUAUUGUUCCUCCUUCUCCUGCCCACUCAAGAAUACCACAAGAAGUCACUCAGCAGGCAUCUCCUGCCGUUUCAGGCAUUGCCUUGCUCUCUCCUCCAAUUUCUCCUAAUUGUAAUCAAUAA